CGGAACGGAACCUCAACCCUUCGUGCAUCCAUCCCGAUUCAGUGUGCUCAUCGUGAAUGAACGACCCGAUAAGUCACCCCGCUGCCGUUUGCCAUUGGGUUUGAUACCAACGCCCCUCUGGGUCACUCUCAUUCCUUUCACUACCUCACACACCUACGCCCAGCAUGAGGUCAACACUCCGGUUGCUGGCUAACGUCAAGCCGGCUCGGUACUUGGAGCCUUUCGCUCCCACCGGCUUGACCGGCCUGAACACUCACCCUAGCCCUCGUCCCACCCUGAUCUUCCUUUACACAUCGACCUUGAACAAGCUCAAGUCCUUCCCUGAGUCCUCCGUCUACCGUCAAUCCACCGAGGCAUUGACCCGCCACCGUCUGCAGAUCAUUGAGUCCACGAAGCCGCCUGGAUUUGAAGCUUGGUUGGAGCGCGUGAAGAAGACCGUGGGCGAUGAGCCUGAGCGCUUCUCUAGCCUUCUCCAAGCCAACGGCACGUACGCAGGUGCUGAGCGCCUCGAUGGUAGCGACAAUGCCCGUGGAGAGGAGUGGGAUGGCGAAGCCUUGGAGGCAACCACUGAAGGCCCCGCUCGUACACCAGCAGAAGAAGCCCGUUUCACACAGCUCUUGGAGGAGGCUUCUUCUCCUAAGAACAAUGAAUCGGACUUCCACCCUGAGGAGAAGAAGUGGGAGGCCGAGCCCGCUCUGACGGCAGAACAAAUCUCUGAAAUUGAGCAGCAAAUCGGUGCCGGUCUUAUCGAGGAAAUCAUUCAGGUCGCCGAGGGUGAACUGAAGGUUGUUGAUGAGUUGUACAAGUCGAAAGCCUGGGAGGAACUUGAGGAGAAGGCUAGACCUGGCCAGUGGUCUUACUUCGAGCGCCCCGAGUAAGUGCUCGGCAUAAUAGGGUCUUCUCAUGAACGACAGACUUGACUUAAGAAUUCCCAUUGUUUGUAAUUAUAAGUUUACGUGUGUCCAAUCAAAACCAAUCACAAUUGCAUGUAAUGUAUAGGUUGUUGUAUGAGCUAAGGUUCGCAGGUGGAUUGUGUCUGAUUUACUGAUAACCGCUCGUCGAACGGACUCAUCAUGCUGAUUGUAAAGAAUAAUGGUUGGUGGCGUCUGAUGCUAGUGCAGGAUCUGUUAUGGCAUAUGUGACUGUAAGGACAGCGUCCCGAUUGAACAAGUUGAUUUGUACAUGCGCAUAAUUCAGAAGACCACCCAAGUAGUAGAGAUGGAACUAGCCCGGGGCUACCCACG